AUGGGAGCAGACUACUACAUAGCUAAAUUCAAAUGUGAAGAACACAUGAUCAAAGUCCUAAACGCUGGCCCAUGGUUUAUAUUUGGCCAUUUUCUCUCUAUUCAGAGAUGGAAGCCAAACUUUGUGGCAACAGAAGUAAAGAGCUCCCUCACUGUCAUUUGGAUUCGUCUACCUCAAUUACCAACUGAGUUUUAUGAUGGUAUCAUAUUGGCAAAAAUUAGAAAUGCCAUUGGUAAAUUAUUAAAAGUAGAUGCGUGCACUUCUUCAACUCUAAGGGGACGCUACGCCAGACUAUGCAUUGAGCUAGCACCGGAGGUUCCGGUAGUCCCAUUCAUCAACAUUGGCCACCAUAAGCAAAUCAUCCAAUACGAGGGUGAGAGUACUCUAUGCAAGCAAUGUGGAAGACUUGGUCAUGUGGCAAUGAAGUGCCACUAUGUAAAGACUUCAUUGCCAACAAACUCCAUUUCAGAUAAUAUAAAUCCUCUCCCUAAAGAAGUGAGCAAUGUUAGUGAAGUAAAUGGCAAAACAUGGCAAACGGUUAAGUUCCAAAAGAAGAAAAGAACCAAUGGGUGGAGUUCUGGAACCAAUCAAAAUCCAGGUAUUCCAUCAAAACUACCUCAUCCAAUACCAGACAUUGAUAACGUGGCUUUACCAAAUACUCCCAAUCGCAACGUGUCUGACAUGGAGGCAGCAGCCCCCCACUUUAACCAAAACCAAGCUCAAGCAGUCUCCCCAGUAAAUAACCCACCUACACAACCAGCCAAUCGCAAUGUGCACGAACACGAAGAACCACCAGUAGAGAAUGUAGACGAAAUGAACUUACUAGGGUCGGAAGAGAUAAUAGAAUUCUCAAGUCUAAACGAUGUAAAGGUCUAUCUCUUCAGGGAGAUGCAAGAGAAGAGAUAUGUGCUCAGUUGCCGCCCCCGGCCUUGUAAAGUUCUCAAUGGAUAUCAGGUUUCCACAAGAUCCAACAAUGGGGAGCCAUGCAAUGAUACUGGUUCCAUCCCUGAGGAGGAACCCACUGCUCCAUACAAGAAUGGAGAAUAG